AUAAUAUGACACAUAUAGAUAUUUUACCUGAUGAUUAUAUUAUUGAUAAUGAGUCACCCAGAUUAUCAAAAGAUUACGGUCAUGUUAAUAAUAAUGGAUUAGCUUUAAUUGAUUUUUGUAAACAAACAGGGUUACGAAUACUAAAUGGUAGAUCAGGAAACGAUUUGAAUAUUGGUAAUUAUACUUUUGUAAAUAACCGUGGUGCUAGUGUUAUUGAUUAUGUAUUAUGUAAACAAAAUUCUUUUAAACAUGUUAAAAAAUUUCAUGUACAUGAACCAAAUAUUUUAUCUGAUCACUGUUUAAUUGAGUUUGAUAUUGUGUUUGAUAAAAAUGUAAAUGUUCCUUUGUGUAUUGAUGAAAAUAUAUCAGAUACCGUUAAAAUGAAAUAUGCGUGGAACAACGAUUUAUGUUCAGAGUUUGUUCAUCGUUUGAAUUGUACUGACGUAAAAGAAAAGAUUAAUGGAUUAAAAGAUGAUAUUUUAUUAUGUAAUGAAGGCAAUACUAUAAAUGAUUGUCUGAAUAAUUUUGAAAAUAUUAUAGAUGAUGUUGCAUCACCUCUAUUUAAGAAAAAUAUAAAAGUUAUUAAUAAUUUAAAUAGUGAGCAUAGCGUUAAGACUGAUUGCCCUUGGUAUAAUAAUGAAUGUGCCGAAAAAAGGUAUGCAUUUUUACGACUUUUAAAUUGUUAUCGUAAUAACCCUUGUGACGAAAAUAGAAUUAAUAUGGUUAAAUGUAGAUCAGAAUAUAAAAAAUUAUUACGUACAUGUAGAUUUGAAUAUGAUAAACAGAAAACGUCAAAUUUUGAAAACAAUAAACUGAAGAAUGCUCGUUUAUACUGGAAUAUGUUAAAAGAGUCUGCAGGGCUUAAACCUGCAGAAAUUCCAUUGUCGAAUUUUGAACAUUAUUUUAGAGCUGUAAAUAACCCAGCUGAUAGAUUUUUUGUUCCUGAUGAUGAUAUAUUAGAGUUUAAUAGUAGAUAUAGAGAUGAAGAAUUUAAAGUCAUGUUUCAAGAGUUAAAUGUAAUAAUUACAGAAUAUGAGAUAAAACAAGCAAUUAAUCAAUUAAAACGUAAUCGAUCUGCAGGCCCAGAUUUGCUACUUAAUGAAUUUUUUAUAUCAGGAAAAGAGGUUUUUAUUCCUUUAUUAUGUGUUUUAUUUAAUAAAAUUUUUGAAACUGGAUAUUUUCCUGAUAGAUGGUCAGAAGGAUAUGUCAUUCCGUUACAUAAGAAAGGUAGUGUUAAUGAAGUAGAAAAUUAUAGAGGUAUCACAUUGUUAAGUAGUCUUGGUAAAUUAUUUUCAAGUGUAAUUAAUACAAGGUUAAAAAAUUGGGCUGAAAAAUAUAAUGUCUCCAUUGAAGCUCAGGCGGGUUUUAGAUCAAAUAUGAGUACUAUAGAUAAUGUUUUUGUUUUAAAUGGUUUAAUAUCGCAUUUUAUAAAUCAAGGAAAACAACUUUUUUGUCUAUUUGUUGACUACAGUAAAGCAUUUGAUUACGUUGUUAGGGAAAAUCUUUGGUACAAGCUUAUUCAGUUAGGGUUAAGAGGUAAAAUUUUAGAUGUCAUUCAAUCUAUGUACAAAUGUGUAAAAUCAAAAGUAAAGUAUUUGAAUAAUUUAAGUAAUGAAUUUACAUGUACACUAGGGGUAAGACAAGGUGAAUGUUUGUCACCAUUUCUUUUUUCUAUGUUCUUAAACGACUUAGAAGAUACAUUUUUAAAAAGUGGUGUUGAAGGAAUAGAUGUAAAUAUGUUUAAAGUUUUCCUGUUAUUAUAUGCGGACGAUAUCGUAAUUUUUGCAAACUCAGCAGAAGAACUUCAACACAAUAUAUGUCUCUUGUAUGAUUAUUGCAAUACAUGGAAGUUAAAAGUCAAUGUAUCUAAAACGAAAGUUAUGAUUUUUAAAAGAGGUGGUAGACUUCCAAGUGAUCUUCAGUUUUAUUAUGAUGGUAAUUUGAUUGAAAUUGUUAAUACAUUUACAUAUCUUGGUAUUGUAUUUACUUGUGGUGGAUCAGUUACAAAAGCACAAACAAUGUUAGCUGGACAAGCACAAAAAGCUAAUUUUAAACUAAAUAAAUAUUUAUAUAAAUUUACGUAUAUUAAACCAAUGCAUAAGCUUAAUCUUUUUGAUACAUUAAUUACACCUAUAUUAAACUACGGUAGUGAGAUAAAUGGUUUUACGGUUAGCCAAACAAUGGAACGG